AUGUUGCUGAAGAAAAGUGGUAAAUCUCUGAACAAAGAGUGGAAGAAAAAGUAUGUGACUCUGUGUGACAACGGCCUGCUCACCUACCACCCCAGUCUGCACGACUACAUGCAGAAUGUCCAUGGUAAAGAGAUAGACCUCCUGAGGACCACGGUCAAAGUACCAGGAAAACGUCCCAGAGCUGUCGCCAAGAGCAAUGGGCUGAACAAGGAGCUGAGCAACCUGCAGAUCUCAGGGUCUGUCAGUAGCAGCUCUUCUGUAGUGUCACAGAUGGCCUCUGGGGGGCAUCAGAGAUCCUUCUCUGUGUCCAGUGCUGACCAGUGGACGGAGGCCGCGGUGAUCGCCAACGCUGCCAUCAACACAGCCUCUCUCACAAAAACCAGCAACAACAAAAAAAUAUUUGAGAUCAAUCUGUGA